UCAAUUCUAACCUCAAAUUAAAAGUGAUUUAAAAGAUUUAAAAACCUGUUAAAAAACUUGUUUACUCAAACAAUAAAAAAUUAAAAUUGAUUAAUAAUAACAUCUGUUUAGUCAAAUUUUUAGUGUCAAAGUAUUAAAUACUCUCAAAUAUAAUAUUAUAGUUUUUUGAUAUCUCGUAAUGGCCCAUGGUGAAUAGAAUAAAUCAGACCCGGGUAGUAAUGGACAGUCAAGUUUGUGGGGACGGUAGAUUAUUAGAUUUAAUCGACGACACUUGGCGAAAGGAGAAACUUCCUCUUGAUGAUAUUCUUGUACCAUUAUCAGAAUUACCUGAUCCUGAAAGUGACAACGGUGAUUCUCACAUGACUCUCAAGGAAUUAGAACAAAAGUGGACAAAUCUUGCUCUUGGCACACUCAGUGAAAAUCAUUUGCACUCACCAACAACGUCGCAUAGUUAA